UACGAGAGCAUCCCUAAAAUUGCCUCUGUCAUACAACCAGGAAGAAGGUGGGAUAGCCCUACAAAGCUAACAUCCCCAAUCUCGCUGUAUUCCUACUCCGAAAAAGAAUGGGGUCUUCCAGGUGGAAGGUAGCAGCUGCGGCUUUUCUCGCUAUAGUGGGCUCUUUAUUAUCUGUCGACGCAGAUGAACACGAACACACGUACAUAGAUAAGGAGGAGGUCGUUUUGUGGAUGAACACAGUGGGGCCUUACCACAAUCGACAGGAGACAUACAAGUACUUCUCUUUGCCCUUCUGCGCGGGCUCCAAGAAGACCAUCAGUCAUUACCAUGAAACACUUGGAGAGGCUCUGCAGGGAGUGGAGCUGGAAUUCAGCGGCCUCGACAUCAAGUUCAAAGAUGAGGUCAUGCAGACAACAUACUGUGAAAUUGACUUGGACAAACCCAAACGGGAUGCCUUUGUCUAUGCCAUCAAGAAUCACUACUGGUACCAAAUGUACAUAGAUGACCUUCCCAUCUGGGGUAUUGUUGGUGAUGCGGAUGAAAACGGAGAAGAUCAUUACCUGUGGACUUACAAGAAACUGGAGAUUGGCUUCAAUGGAAACCGAAUUGUGGACGUUAAUCUGACCAGUGAAGGCAAAGUCCGUCUUGUGCCAAACACAAGAAUUGCAAUGUCUUACUCUGUGAAGUGGAAGAAGUCAGAUGUGAAGUUUGAAGACCGAUUCGACAAGUACCUUGAUCCGUCCUUCUUUCAGCACAGGAUUCAUUGGUUCUCCAUCUUCAACUCCUUCAUGAUGGUCAUUUUCUUGGUGGGUCUGGUGUCCAUGAUUCUGAUGAGAACACUAAGAAAGGAUUACGCCCGAUACAGCAAAGAGGAAGAAAUAGAUGACAUGGACAGAGACCUGGGAGAUGAAUACGGGUGGAAGCAGGUGCAUGGGGACGUGUUUCGGCCGUCAAGCCACCCGCUGAUCUUUUCUUCGCUCAUUGGCUCCGGCUGCCAGAUCUUCUCCGUGUCGUUCAUCGUCAUUGUUGUUGCCAUGGUCGAGGAUCUGUACACAGAGAGGGGAUCCAUGCUGAGCACCGCCAUUUUCGUGUACGCUGCCACCUCCCCAGUCAACGGCUACUUCGGGGGGAGCUUGUAUGCAAAACAAGGAGGGAGAAGAUGGAUUAAGCAGAUGUUCAUUGGGGCCUUCUUGAUCCCAGCCAUGGUGUGCGGCACUGCCUUUUUCAUCAACUUCAUCGCCAUGUACUACCACGCCUCCAGAGCCAUCCCAUUUGGCACCAUGGUUGCUGUCUGCUGUAUCUGCUUCUUCGUCAUUCUGCCGCUAAACCUCGUGGGAACAAUUCUGGGGAGGAAUCUGUCCGGACAGCCAAACUUCCCCUGCCGAGUGAACGCUGUGCCGAGACCCAUUCCCGAGAAGAAAUGGUUCAUGGAGCCGGCCGUCAUCGUCUGCCUCGGAGGAAUCCUGCCCUUCGGCUCCAUCUUCAUUGAGAUGUACUUCAUCUUCACGUCCUUUUGGGCGUACAAAAUCUACUACGUGUACGGCUUCAUGAUGCUGGUCCUGGUUAUCCUGUGCAUCGUGACGGUGUGUGUAACCAUCGUGUGCACGUACUUCCUGCUCAACGCUGAGGACUACAGAUGGCAAUGGACAAGCUUCCUCUCUGCAGCGUCCACGGCGGUUUAUGUUUACAUGUACUCCUUUUACUACUACUUCUUCAAAACUAAGAUGUACGGCCUGUUCCAAACGUCCUUCUACUUUGGCUACAUGGCUGUGUUCAGCACUUCUCUAGGAAUCAUGUGUGGUGCCGUGGGAUACGUGGGAACAAGUGCCUUUGUGAGGAAGAUCUACACGAAUGUGAAAAUUGACUAGAAGGCAAAGUAGCAACUUAAUGGAUUGGCCUACAUGUAUCCUGGAGGACGGCAGGCACAAGUCAUUCUUUAUUACUUUUCUUUCUUGCGAAGACAUUGUGAGAAUCUCACUUUGUACGAUGUAGGUUUUUCCAUUUUCUGAAUGAAUUUCAACGCAGCGUCUAAGAACAUGAGCAAACCUGCUGAAGAGAAAUCCAACAUAAGGUUCUGUUUUUAUCAGUUGCUUUCAAACAAACAUUAGGGCAAUGUUUAAGGCUGACAUGGCUUCUCUUUUCCCACCCAGUCCCACCUGAGAGCAGAGAACACGCGUGUUUAUUGAUGGAAUAGUGUAGCUCUCUUCAGUGAAGAGGCCUGAGUGUACUGAAAGCCUUUGUUCUACUGGGUCAUAAUGUUGGGGGGUUGGGUUAUGGCCCGUGUUCUGACCCGAUCUCUAUUUUGUAUUCUUGUGAGUCAUUCGAAAUAUCGUUAAUCCACAGUAGAGCCGAUAGUUUUCUGAUUUACUUCCACUGCAAAAUAUGAUAUGAAAAAUUGUCACUCAAGAAUUAUUCCCCCAUUUUGCCGAUUCUUGAUUCUCUAUUACAGUAGCAAUCCAUCCAGUUGUUGAGGGAGGUUUUAGUCUUGCUGUAGUUUACUGUACAGACGAGAACAGAGGGACUGAUCCGUGGUUGAGGUACAGUAAGGACCGAUUUUUAAAUGGAUGUUGGAUGCGAUCCAAUUUCCCCGUUUAGUUGGGAUUUUCUUAAUGUUUGGGUUUGAAUGAAGUCUACUUGUAAAGAUAAUAUAUGGAUGGGUGGGAGUGUAUAUAACCUUAAUGUACCUUUAGAUGUAGAUCCCAAAUGUAUUUUCGUUGUACAGAUUUACUACAGGGUGUUUCUUUUCUUUUUUUUAAUGAAUCAUUUAGUUCUAAACAAAAAGCUUUUUUUUUUCUUCCUUUUGGUGCUUGGGACGGGCUGGUGGCGCUGUUACAUCUUGCCUGAAAUUGCAUGAAGUUUUCACCAAACCAUCUGCUCCUCACUUCAGUCAGUGCUGUCAGGUUUCAGUUAGGUUUUUUUCCCCCAGCUUUCAAAAUGUAAAUGUACAUUUUGAUGACUAGUAGGCCUGGUUAUGGACACUUAUUUUGAUUUGAUAUAUUAUUUAAAAGCUUUAAAAGGCUCUAUGUCUUCUGGUAAGCCAUUUUCCUCAUGUUCUUUAUGUUGCCUAACCUGAAACAUAAUUUGUGAAUGUCAGAAGGAAUGAGGCGAUUCCGCAAACAUACUGUACAAAGUGAAGUUUAUGUACACUUAGAAACUAGAUGUUUUCAUAACCACACAGUGCUGCGGAGUGUUUCAAACGCUUUUCUCCAUUUUGUGUAAAUACAGUAUGUACUCUACUUGUAUGAGAAAUGGCGAUGCCUUUUUUUCCCCCUUCCAAUUUCUAGUUUCCCCCCCACUGAAGUUGAUUUUGGCACCUCAUAUUGUGUACUGAUGUCUGAUUGGGCAUUUUGAACCGCAUAAUAACUUGCUGUAAAAAGAGAAAAUAAACAUGUUUAUGUACAGGGGU